AUGUUUGAUUUGAUUCAAAGUAAUCACCAUUCUACAUCAACAGUUCGACAAGAAUACCAAUCAACGCCUUUUACAUCAUUAAGCACCAAAAGCCGUUCAUCAUUACAAUUGAAUAAAUCCAAGUAUCGUGAUUUCGAUAUGGGCAUGGAAAACGAGGAAGAUAUACUACCAGUUGAUCACAUCAUUACACCUCAGCGAUAUGUACAUAAUAUUUCUGAUACACGUCAUAAAUCGUCAUCACGUACAAAUAUUUCAUCGCAGUAUCCUAAAACAGUGACAGAAUUUGAUCGACUUUGUGAUGGUAUAGGCAUGGACCUAUCUUCAUCGUACAAGGUUCCUUCUACAACAACAGAUGAUAAUUACUUUGAGAGUGUGAGUAUGUUAUCUCUCGACCGUCGAACAUUAACGGAUCAAUCAAAUGAUAGCGAUGCACAAGUCGAUUUUACAGCCACACAGUUUCAAUCAAUUGUGGAAAGAAACGCUAAAGUGAUCAAAUGGCUAUUUAACAUGAAAAAAGCAAAUCAAUCCCCCAUAGGAUGUUAG